AUGGCGACCGAGGGAUUUCAGAAACUACCGGCAACCCAAUCGAUCUACCCAGCAAUCCAAUCGAUCUGCUGGCUAGAAACCAAACUGCCGGCAACUAGGAGUGAAACCCAAAUGCCGGAAUCACAGAUGAUGCCGCCAGAAAUCCGGAGAGUUUCAAGGCUAUCAAAUAGUCAUGUUGCCUCUCUAAGUACAGUUGAGACAAAAUUAGCAAACCUGGGGAUUUCUUCUAUAAUCAAUAAGGACAAGAAUUCUGAACAAAAUCCAGGCAUCUUUUCAGUGAUUGAUGCACAUUAUUGUGAUGGUUGGGAAGCUUUCACUCAACAGGAAUUGUCCGAGGAAGAGUUUCAUAAGCCUUUGAAUGGUGUAAAUCAGUAUAGCCCUGAUUCGGUUCUAAGUCCACAUGAAAUAGAGAAUUCUUCUACAUCGGAAUGCUUUGAGAGUGUAGCUACUGGUUUUGACAGUCUCUCCGAGUCGGAAGAAACUGCCUCCGAAGGUUCUGAGAUUGCUGUAACAAGCGACGAGGAUAUGAAGAAAGAGUCUGAUGAUCUCUGUCAAAAUGGCGGAAUUCUCCAGUGGUCGUUUGGUUAUGAAGAAAGUCGGGACUUCUCUUACCUGCUCGAUGUUUUAGACGAGGCAGACUUUGAUCAUGUGGACCUAGUCAACUUUUCUAAGACAUUUAAUUCACAGGAAUACGCAGUAAGCCCCUUGGUGUUCGAGGCAUUAGAGAAAAAGUAUAGUAAGCAGACAUUAUGGAGAAAGUCUGAGAGGAAGCUUCUGUUUGAUCGUAUAAAUUCCGGGUUGAAAGAGAUUAUUACUAUUCCGCACAUUGAUUUCGACAAGUACACAAUGCCUGUAAGAAGAAGGCUUAGUACGACAUUAAACCGGAAUGAGGUCGAAGAAGAAUUGUGGCAAUAUCUAAUUAGCCAGGACAAGGAAAAGAACGAAGACUUGUCAGGAAAGGUUAUAGAGAAAGAAAUGAAAUGGUUUGAGUUGGAGGAAGAUGUUAAUAUCAUUGUUAGAGAAUUAGAGAGUUUUUUGUUCGAUGAACUUGCAAUAGAGUUGGUGUGCAGAGAUGAUGAAUAAGCUUUUCCAUUUUUCUGAAAUAUUUGGUUUCAUACAUUCAAUAUGUCUGAACAACAAUUUUGGCAAAGUAGGUUCAAUUUUUUGACUUCUGCAAAUCAAGAGAAAUAUGAAUUAUCAGCAAUUUUGAAUUUGCUACAUA